UUUCAUUCUGGAAUCAUGCACUAACAGUCUUGCCAAAAAUGUAUUUUAUUGACAAGACGGAUGGAAAAGUUAAUAACAGAUCAUCGGUUUUGAAGAAACUCGAAUCCACUCUCAGAGGCUAUGUGGAAUUUUCAACAUCCUGCUUACAAUUGGAUGUUCCUCAAGUUUCAAUAAGAGAUACGAGCCAGGACGGACUUGAAAAUUUUUUCGGAUGUGUGAAGACAUGUAAUCAGGCGAACAAACCUACACCGCGAGAAUAUCGCACAAACUACGCAACCAUGGUUAUUAACAACAUCACCGGUACGAAUUCAUUACAUUCGAAUUGUGAGCAAGACCAAUCCGUUUCGAUACUGCAACAUAUUCAUGACUUCGUUGUCAGCUGCAACAAAGAACCGUCAGCUGUUGCAAGCAAUGUCGACGAAAUUAUUGCGUUUGACCCAAUCGAGAAUUAUUCAUCUGAUCAUGAAAAUUGCGACAAUGACAUGGAGGAAAUGAUUGUUUUUGAGCCGCGACAUAACGAUAACAUAACUUUGGUUGAAAGCAAAGUUGCAUCACACAUGGCGAACUUUGACGAUCUGAUAGUGUUCGAUCCUCAGCCCGAAAAUGAGCUCGAAAGUUACUUCGAGAUCGGAUCCUUAUCUCGAAUUUCUGGUUCGAUUUACCGAAAACUGAUAAAGCCCAUUCACUGCCAGAAUUGUAAAAAUGUCUUGCCAAUGAUAGAGACCAGUUUCAUUGAGAAUUGCACCAAAGUGUUUCGUCGCUUAAACUGUGCAAUUCCGCAUAUCUGCUUCGAGACAUCACUAAAAAAGAAACUGAUCACAAACGUUGAGUCAAUCGCAACAGAUACUAUGGGUUGUCCAGACCACGAUUUGGAAAUGACGCUAAAAAUGAAGGAGUUAUGUGUGUACGAGGCUAUUACAUCGUUUUGCUAUGACAUUAACCGGUAUUUGUCAGGUAAGAUCAAUGUUUUGCCGAUGGGUCAUAAUCACAUCCAGGAACUCGCAAUAAUUCACAAACGAAAGACAAAAAAAAUUGGGAAAUAUUCAGAUAUUUUUAACUCGUGAUUGUAAACAGAUUAUUUAAAUUCCAUAAUCGGAUACAAACUUUUGAAAUGG